AUGCUGCAUUCCACGCCAGAGGCUCUCAUUACCACAACACAUCUCCGUCAACUUGGAGCUCGUGAAAAAGUUUUUGAGCGAAAUCUACCAUUAUCGUGGUCACGGUUCUUGAUGGGUCUUGUGUCUUUGAUGCUGGUGCUCUCCGACAUUUUUCGAGGUGGACUUGGCGUGCAGAACUUGGAAAAAUAUUAUCCUGCACUUCAUCCUGAUGAGGUAAUGGGCUUUGGAACGUCGUGGAAUUAUUCCGUGUUUGCAGCAACAAAACAAGAAGCUUACAGUGGAGAUCUCAAAGCCAAUGUCUGGACGUACAAAUUCGAUUCGACGUCGAUUAGUUGGCGCGCUUUUGCCAGGUAUUUCGGAAUAUCCGAUUUUCCGGACUGUAUUUUCUACACUGCACAAUGUCCUGAACUGACUUUGAACGGCGACGUGGUGUUCCGAAUGAUCGACGGGCUCGUGAAUGGGGUCGUUGAUAUAAACAAAACGCGUAAGAAAUGGAUACCAUCGAAAAAUGGGCCGGUGACGCUGACUCUGCGCACUGAAAGCGAGUACAUUGAUCGACUGCAUCAGUUUUUACUGUCGAACUGGUUUAACAAUUUUAAUUGGCGUACCAAUACUAUACUAUACUAUUCACCCGAGUUGUUAAAAUCUAUAAGCGCUCGUGAUAUCUGCUUCCCUUCAAACGGAGAUCGGGUGCGAACCCCGCACUUUUGUCAAGAAUUAUGGACAAAUCUGGAUCGCUCUUGUGCCCCAUCCGAUACAAAAAGUAGAGCUGCUGGGUUGUUAUAUGUUCACACCAUGACACGUUUACAUGCUGUUCAAGCUCGUUUCCCUAAUAUGACAGUGGAUCUCACGUUUCUUGAAAGUCAAGAGGACGUGCAAGUGUGUCGCGGGGGUUUAUCGUUUACUGGAUUUCGAAGAUCGGAUGUUAGUACUCUUAUCCGUGCUCGAGAUUGCAGCUCUUCUGACUGUGAGACUUUAUUUGUGGAGGAGUAUCGCUAUGAAACAGGACUCUUGAUAUCGGACGUUACCCAAUGGUAUCGACUGGUAGCUGCCCUACGCACCAUAGGGCAAAUGUACUUCUGGUUUCGAGGAAUUGGACUGAUCUUGAGCUGCUAUUUUAUUUACGGGCCAUCGAAGAAAGUUUCGAUUUGGAUACGUUUACGGAAAGCUCGAGAUUUAUUCAUAAAAGUACCAACACAGUGUGUUGUAUACGGGAGUUCAUUUCCAGUAUUAUGCUAUGUUCUUGCUCAUUUACUAGACGCUCCGUUCACGUACAAUGUUCUUGAAGGUCACUUCUUCUCUCAAGCCGGUGCACUAGAUAUUAAACCCGAAGCUUUUAUCUCCUAUGCGGUCGUGCAGAUGCGUAGUGUCUGGAUAUACGCAUUGGUAUGGCAGGUAGCGGUAAGCAUGGUAACCUCAACCAGACAGCUUCACACUACCAAAUGGAGUAAUGGAGCUACUGGAGUUCCCGAAUUUUUACUGAGUGCGUUCUCAAGUGUGACUUUAAUUUCUCAGUACCGUUCCACUACCUUUCGAUCGUCCCAAAUCCUGAGAAUAAUGGAAGUUCCGAGUAAUAUGGGGCGUGGAUGGGAAGCUGCCAAAUAUCAGUAUAACUUCAGACAUAGAGGCCAGGGUGGUGUCGUGCUUGGUGGCGUAGUCAUCGAUCUGAAAUUCCUCGCUUGUUUACUAUUUCUAGUCGCAGCAUGGUGGGGUGUGCAUAUAGUUUGGUCACAUUUGUGGGCAUAUCGGUAUAACAAGGGCAAGCUUAAAGACAGCCAUUGGCUUGCACUGCCCCCUACUCCAGUACCCUAUUCAGCUGGAACACUAUGGCCUGUUGUGAGUGUAUGUGUCCAGUGGCCCAGCAGUUUUUACUGCAUUCGAGAUACCCGAUACAACGAGCCAGCAAUGCUUAAAACCGCACAACAGAACCAUUAUCGCCAUCGCUAUCCUAUUAGGUCUCGACUACUGGGUUGGAAGCAAUAUGAGGAUGCACGAGUACUAGCCGUAACAGCCAGUGUUCGCUGCAAGUAUCUCCCCGAAGAAGAAAAACGACUGCGCUCACGGUUAUCGGGUAAAAUCUUUGACACCAAUCGGUUUAUUCAGCAUCAUCUGAAGUGCCUUCACCGACGUUCGAAUGAUGUGGAGGCGAAUGUGGCGUUUAUGAAUGCGGUCCUUAUGAGUGACCCGCUGGUGUACUUGUUGUUGGCAUUUGGAGCUGAUCCAUCAACGCAGCUAGGCUAUUACCAGUCCAUCUGGCACCCACACCAUAUCGUCCUAUUACCGGUUGCAGUUGUGGGAGAACGCAAUGAAUAUACUAGCAGUUUCAAGCUGCUUCGACGGGUAAAUGCCUGUGAGUUGACGUGGGCAGAGCUAGUGCAAUGCGGCUGA